AAGCCUCUCACCUCUCUUCAAGCUUCCUAGUAGUCUUCUUCCGACUCUGUCUCUUCCUCUCUCUCUUGAGACAUGGAGGCUGAACAGCGUGAUGGGUUCACUCUCACCUUGCCCCUCUUGCAUGAUGAUCAGAAUCACAACAAAGUGGAGGACAUUGAGUCCAACGGUGGAAAGCAAGAUGUGGGCUCUACCUCUUUCUUCAAGACCUGUUUCAAUGGACUCAAUGCUUUAUCAGGAGUUGGGAUCCUUUCCAUACCAUAUGCCCUUUCAUCGGGAGGGUGGUUGAGCUUGGUUCUUCUACUUGUUAUCGCCACUGCAACUUUCUACACAGGCUUGCUACUCAGAAGAUGUAUGGAUGCCCAUCCAAAUAUCCGAACUUACCCUGAUGUUGGCGAGAGAGCAUUUGGGAAGAUGGGAAGAUUACUGGUAUCUGUUUUCAUGUAUACCGAGCUCUACUUGGUUGCAACAGGCUUUCUAAUCCUCGAAGGGGAUAAUCUACAUAAUCUGUUUCCCAACAUGGGGCUUGAGAUUUGGGGAUUAAUGAUUGAUGGGAGACAAAGCUUCAUAAUCAUUGUGGGCCUUGUUAUUUUGCCUUCUGUCUGGGUGAACAACCUCAAUAUUCUUUCUUAUAUAUCAGCCAGCGGUGUUUUAGCUUGUAUCAUCAUUCUUGGCUCAAUUCUAUGGACCGGGGCCUUUGAUGGAGUUGGAUUUGAUGAGAAGGGAACAAGUCUAAAUUGGCAGGGAAUCCCCACUGCUGUUAGCUUAUAUGCCUUCUGUUAUUGUGCUCAUCCGGUCUUCCCCACCUUGUACACUUCUAUGAGGAAGAAGCAUCAAUUUUCUAAUGUCCUCCUUGUAUGCUUCAUCUUCUGCACCAUCACUUAUGCAGCAAUGGCAAUUUUAGGGUACCUGAUGUUUGGUUCAAAUGUUCAAUCACAAAUAACCUUGAACCUUCCAAUUGAGAAGCUUAGCUCAAGGAUCGCCAUAUACACUACUCUGGUCAAUCCCAUAUCCAAAUAUGCAUUGAUGGUUACACCAAUUGUGAAUGCUACUGAAAAUUGGCUCCCAUACUACUACAGGAAAAGACCAUUUAGCCUUAUAAUCAGAACCACCUUGGUAGUCAGCACCAUCAUUGUAGCUCUGACAGUGCCAUUUUUUGGGUCUCUCAUGUCACUGGUGGGAGCUUUUUUAAGUGUCACAGCUUCAAUCUUGUUGCCAUGCUUAUGCUAUUUGAAGAUUUCAGGCAUUUACCACAAAUUUGGAGUCGAACUAGUGAUUAUAAUUGGGGUUGUGUUAAUGGGUAUUUCAGCUGCCAUCAUGGGUACCUACACAUCUAUAGUAGAAAUAAUAGGCCAGUUAUGAGUGUAUAUUAUUUUGUAUUGACAAUAAAAAUUUUGUAAUCCAAUGGAUUUAUUAAUCAAAAAAUAGUUUGCCUCCCUA